ACUCCAAUAGCGCUAGGACCCAAAGGAAUCCUUGUCGCUCGCUCUCUUUCUCUCUCCAGCAGCACUGCGUUAGUUUGGGAGAUUGCAGCUUGUCCUGCUGUAAAGAGCCGGGAGGUCGUUAGAUAGAGGAUGUGGGAGAAUAGGCAAGCGUUAUUUACAGCAGACAUACGUCUGUGUUAGAUAAUACCGUAUAUACAUAUUUGGUCAAUUUCUAGAUCUUCUACUUAAUCCAAUAGUACGUUACUGUUUUCAGUUGUUUUGUCAAUGUUUUUGCGUUUGAUUUCUAAAUGAAAAAUUGCCGCUGCUGCUACACAGUACUGUUGCUGGGAUUGCAGAUUGGUUUGCUCUCAUCUGCGGGAAAACAACAGCAUUAUCAAUCUCCACAACGUCCUCAUCAUCAAAUCCUGUUCUGUUCUUCGAAUUAUGUUUUUUGAAAAAAUUGGGCCAGUUUGUUCCGGAUUUUGAAUGGUUCUGCUUGUACUGCAUUAUCGUUGUUUUCUUUCCUUUCCCAUCUCUCUAGUUAUACGGGUUUCGGAAUGGUACUGUAUAUAAAUUAAUUUGUGUUUAAUGAAUUUGAAGACCAGGCUGUGACCCGGUGCUAGUUAUUGGCGUUCCUUUUUUGUAGUUUUUUUUGCAACAAUACGUGUUUUGAAGUAUCUGGGUGGAUCACAUUUUUAACAGACCGGGACAAACCAUCAAAGUGCUGUGUAGUGAAGAGGUCACAAUUCAAAGCAGGAUUUUUAUAAGAGAUAAGUACACAAAGGUCCCAUGAAUGAUAAUUAAAGACAGUUACUGUAAAACGGAUUGACGAGGCAUUGUUUUGUACAGCCUCUGUUACAAUAGAGUAUAUACCGAAUUUAUUGGUAAAUACUAUACAGUAAAUUUUAUUAUUAUUUUUUUUACAACAAAAAUGUCCCAUUUCCGGAGUAUCGAACUGGAACACUUUGAGGAGCGGGACAAGGCACACAGGUCGUCCAGGGCCGCCGGUACAGGGUCCGGGUCGGGGUCCAGAGGGAACGGGCUGAUUCCAAGUCCAGCUCACAGUGCCCACUGCAGCUUUUACCGUACCCGUACUCUCCAAGCGCUAAGCUCAGAGAAGAAAGCCAAAAAAGUUCGAUUUUACAAAAACGGAGAUAAGUAUUUCAAAGGACUAGUUUACGCUGUGUCCUCUGACCGCUUCAGGUCCUUCGAUGCCCUGCUCAUGGAGCUUACCAGGGCCCUUUCUGACAAUGUUAACCUUCCGCAAGGAGUCCGGACCAUAUACACCAUUGAUGGAACCAAGAAGAUCUCAAGUAUGGAAGAGUUGGUAGAAGGGGAAAGCUACAUUUGCGCCUCCAACGAGCCGUACCGCAAAGUAGACUACGUGAAGAACGUGAAUCCCAACUGGUCUGUAAACAUCAAGGGCAGUGGGGCGCGCUCCCUCUCCUCGCUGGGCUUGCUGAAGAGUGAGAUGAGGGAGAGCAAAGACUUCAUCAAACCCAAGCUGGUGACAGUGAUUCGGGGUGGGGUCAAGCCGCGGAAAGCCGUGAGGAUUCUCCUGAACAAAAAAACGGCCCACUCCUUUGAUCAAGUCCUGACAGACAUCACUGAUGCCAUCAAGCUAGACUCUGGGGUGGUGAAGAGACUGUUCACUCUAGAUGGGAAGCAGAUCACCUGCCUGCAGGAUUUUUUUGGAGACGAUGAUGUAUUCGUUGCCUGCGGACCGGAGAAGUACCGUUAUGCUCAGGAUGACUUUCUAUUGGGUCACAGUGGUAAGGCCUCCACAGCCUUUGAGACUGAGUGCCGGGUGAUUAAGUCUUCAUACUCCCGGUCUGCCACACCUGGACGGCAGUCUGGAUCAAAGAGCCCUGGUCCCUCGCGGCGGAGCAAGUCCCCGGCCUCAGUAAGACGAGGUGGACACUAUUCCACAGGCUAUUCACCAGCUAAAUCCCCAGUGAAUGGGACCCCCAGCAGCCAGUUGUCUACACCCAGGUCCACCAAAUCCUCCAGCUCCUCUCCAACUAGCCCAGGUAGCCUUCGUGGGCUCAAGAUUCCUCCCCAUUAUGGUUCUGCCUCCAAUGUGAAUGGUGCCCCUGUUCAGAUGAUUUGCCUGAGCCCUGAAGCAGUUAACGGGAACAAAUGUUUGUCAACCUCAGCCAUUCUGGACAAAUACAAGAUCGGAAAGGUGAUUGGAGAUGGUAACUUUGCCGUUGUGAAGGAGUGUAUAGAACGGUCUACUGGUAAGGAGUUUGCCCUGAAGAUAAUUGAUAAAGCCAAAUGUAGUGGAAAGGAGCACCUUAUUGAGAAUGAAGUGGCAGUGCUGCGAAGAGUGAAGCACCCCAACAUCAUCAUGCUGAUCGAGGAGGUGGACACUGCAGCAGAGCUGUACCUGGUCAUGGAGCUGGUGAAGGGUGGAGACCUUUUUGAUGCCAUCACAUCCUCAACUAAGUACACAGAGAAGGAUGCCAGUGCCAUGGUGUACAACUUAGCCGGCGCUCUCAAAUACCUGCACUGUCUGAAUAUUGUUCACAGGGACAUCAAACCUGAAAACCUUCUGGUCUGCGAGUAUCCUGACGGCACCAAGUCUCUGAAGCUGGGAGAUUUCGGCUUGGCCACUGUGGUGGAGGGGCCCCUCCAUACAGUCUGUGGAACCCCCACUUAUGUGGCUCCUGAGAUCAUUGCAGAAACUGGCUAUGGCCUGAAGGUGGAUAUCUGGGCUGCUGGUGUUAUCACUUACAUCCUCCUUUGCGGGUUUCCCCCAUUCCGCAGUGAGAACAAUCUUCAAGAGGACCUUUUUGACCAGAUACUUGAGGGACGCUUAGAAUUUCCAUCUCCCUACUGGGACAACAUCACUGACUCGGCUAAAGAGCUGAUUAGUCGGAUGCUACAAGUCAAUGUUGAAGCCCGGUACACAGCAGAGCAGGUUCUGGCUCAUCCCUGGGUGGCUGAUGAUGCUGCCAUGGGGAACAACAUGCAGGUGGAAGUUACAGGUAAACUGAAGAAGCACUUUAACUCGGCACCAAAGCAGAAUGACACCUUGGCUGGAGUGUCAGUCAUCAUGAACACGGCUCUAGAUAAGGAGAAGCAGAUCUUGGUCAGCAAGCGCUGUCAAGAAGCCAGCGAAACCGUCGCAGAGAAGAAACCUCAACCCACCCAGGCUGAGGACCCCGAGACGCCCUGGGCUGGGACUGCCACUGCUGCCUCUCUUCCUGCUUCAUCUGAGCCAAUCCAGUUGCCCACAUCACCGCCACCUCCAUCGACCCCCACCACGGCAGACACACCAACAGCAGCUCAUCCACCCCCUCCCGUCAGCAUGCAGUGCAGAGCUGGGGCUGGCGAACCCUGAAAGACUGCCUGACCGGGCUGGCCGCCAGACUUCCUCCAGAAAGGAAGCACACUGCAAGAGGCCCCGCCUACUCGACUUUCUCUUCAUUAUUACUGACUAUUCGCAUGUAGGGGUUAGAUGUUUCGUUCCAGCAACGCUGCUACUGCUGCGGCAGAUAAUGACGCUGGCAGCUUCUGAUUGUGUGCGCCGGCACUGUCAUUUCAAGCACUAUUUGUUUUAGAGGGUAUUUUUUGGUUGUUUUGCUUUUUAUAUACAGUAUAAGCUAUGAAAAGAGGUUUGAUAUGGUUUCGUAUAUGGCACUGCAAAACAUUUCUAGUUCCAGCACACACUACAGCUCUGAAAUGACAUGUUUGUUUACACCAUUCAUAGAAUGCUUGCUGUGUUUUACACCGGCUAGAUUGUCAUGUAGUUUUGCCUGUUUUUAUUAAAGGAAACAGACCUAAUUAACUUUAACUAUAUUGUUCCUGCCUGUGCACAAACAUCAGCAAUGUGAUUAAGAGCCUAUUUGAAGCCAUGAUCAAGACCUAAAAAUGGUUAACUGCAGUACACUGAAAAGGCUCAAUAGGAGCAGAUUUAAAAUAAAACGUAUUUAUUUGUACAAAGACUAAAAGUGAGGUGUUCCAAGGUUUUUUGAAAGCUUGUUUUGUUUCCUAUUCUGAUUGUUUUAUUUGUUGUUUCCAGUCACGAGCUGCUUUUCUGUCGAACUUUCAAUCUGUAUGCUUUAAAUGGUUAACUAACACUGCGCUUCGAUGACUGUUGUUCGCUGCAUGUCGCAUACUUCAUUCAAACAGCAAAACCAGACAUCACCUGGUAGGACAGAUUUAGGUGAAAAAAUAGGUGCAGGAUGUAACUUUCUUCCUUUUCGUUUUAGAAAUGCCUAACAGUAUGUCCUAUUGAUCAUUUCAGCAACAAAAACUGUGUUUACCCAGGUGUUCUGAGUCAUAAAUCAGCAAGGAGCAGGAAUGUGCAGGACGAGAACAUUGAGGCUCUUUUUGAGAAGAGCCUUUUCUCUCAGACACACACACACACACACAACUGUUUGUCGUUGUCUUUUUCUAUUCUUAUUGUCAUUAGUUAAAAAUGUGAGCUUUUAUUUUGUAUUAGAAAUAAAUCAGAAAACUGAAAUCCAUUAAAUAAAGUCCAUCUCCUCUCAAA